GCGGGCUCCUGAGCCGGGGUUCAGAGAGCGCUCAUCGCGCGGGAGCUAAGUGGGCAGGUUGGUGGCGGGCCUGGAUGCCCCGGUGGCGGGCCUUAAAGCUGUGGCCCUCCUCCUCAAGCCAUUCCGCUGAAGAAGACCCGUUGAGCUGGCUCUUCCCAGGAAUUGUCUAUUGGAUUUUGCAACCAGGGUAUUUUAAAGAUGAAUGAAAAUAAGUUGGAAGCAAACUCACUGCAACGGAAAUUUCCUGAAUGGAUGUCUAUGAACAAUAAAGGAUGUGCCCUAGAAGAAAAACAGGCAUGUAUUCACAAGAGUGUCUUUGAAGAAGACCUCCCAUUCCUAGAAUUUACUGGAUCUAUUGUUUAUAGUUACGAAGCCAGUGACUGCUCUUUCCUAUCUGAAGAUAUUUGCAUGUGUCUGUCUGAUGGAGACGUGAUAGGAUUUGACAUGGAGUGGCCACCUAUAUACAACAAGGGGAAACUGAGCAAAGUUGCAUUGAUUCAGUUGUGUGUGUCUGAGAGCAAAUGUUACUUGUUUCAUAUUUCAUCUAUGUCAGUUUUCCCCCAGGGAUUAAAAAUGUUACUUGAAAAUGAAGCAAUUAUGAAGGCAGGUGUGGGAAUUGAAGGAGACCAAUGGAAACUUCUCCGGGACUUUGACAUCAAGUUGAGAAGUUUUGUGGAACUGACAGAUGUUGCCAAUGGAAAGCUAAAAUGUGCAGAGACUUGGAGCCUCAAUGGACUGGUCAAACACCUCUUCAGGAAACAACUUCUAAAAGACAAGUCUGUCCGCUGUAGCAACUGGAGUAAUUUUCCCCUCACCGAGGACCAACAACUUUAUGCAGCUACUGAUGCUUAUGCUGGUCUAAUCAUUUAUCAAAAAUUAGAAAUGUUGAGUGCUACUGAGAAAACAUUUGCUAUAGAUAAAGCAGAGGAAACAUUACCUGGUGAAAUGAGGAGGCAGUUGAUGUCAGUCUCUGAAGAAGCGAUGAAUCUAGCUCAAUAUUUUCCUGAUGCAUGUAAAACAUUGGAAGAUCCACAGAGUGUUUCUAUAAUAUUGAAGAAUAUUUCAGAAAACCUGUAUACACUGAGGAAGAUGAUAUUUGGUCCUACAAACAUCAAGACUAAACUGAAGCCUAGCAGUAAUAUUAAUUUAUUAGUAGAGGAUUCAACUAAUGCUAGAGAACAACAGAAACAAGUGGGAGAACCUAAUGUUUUUACUCAAGCAAAAGAAGAGACAUACAAUUCACUUAAACAUAAUGAAGUUGAGGCACUUAGGAAUAAAGUGAAACAAGAAGAUGAAUUUGAAGAAGAAAUAAAAUAUAAUAUGUUGCAAGAAAACGUAGACAAAUCUUCUUGGAUGACAUUAAACAUUUCAGAAUAUGAACUCCAAAUUUUAGAGCAACAGGCUGAAGAAAGAACUUUAAGUGAUGUUCCUUCUCAAUCUGCUCAGAAUGCAUCUCCCAGGGAUAAUGAAAAGGAUUCAUCCUGUCUAAUUGAAAGUGAUGAAGAUUUAGAAAUGGAGAUGCUUAAGUCUUUAGAAGACCUAAGCAAUGGAACUGUAGAACCAAUAUAUUCUAAAUACUUAGAAAUGGAAAGAAAUCAGAGUCUUCCUACUGAGGAAGAAGAUGAAGAUAAAAAUGAAGUCAUCGCAGAGGAAGAAGAAAAUGAGCACCGAUUGUUGCCAGAACCCAAUGCAAACCAAGUUAUUUGCCUCAAGACCUACUUUGGCCAUUACAAUUUUAAACCGGUUCAGUGGAAAGUUAUUUAUUCUGUAUUGGAAGAAAGAAGAGAUAAUGUUGUUGUCAUGGCAACUGGCUAUGGGAAGAGUUUGUGCUUCCAGUAUCCACCUGUUUAUGAAGGCAAAAUUGGCAUUGUUAUUUCACCUCUGAUUUCUUUGAUGGAGGACCAAGUACUCCAGCUUGAAAUGUCCAACAUUGCAGCCUGUUUUCUUGGAUCAGCACAAUCAAAAAAUAUUCUAGGAGACAUUAAAUCAGGCAAAUACCGGAUUGUAUACAUAACUCCAGAAUUCUGUUCAGGUAAUUUGGACUUACUCCAGCAACUUGAGGCUAACAUUGGUAUUACACUUGUUGCCGUGGACGAAGCUCACUGUAUCUCUGAGUGGGGGCAUGAUUUUAGAAGUUCAUUCAGGACUUUAGGCUUCCUAAAGGCAGCACUCCCAUUGGUUCCAAUAGUUGCACUCACUGCUACUGCAAGUUCUUCGAUCCAGGAAGACAUUAUACGUUGCUUAAACCUGAAAAACCCACAGAUUACCUGUACAGGUUUUGAUCGACCAAAUCUAUAUUUAGAAGUUGGACGAAAAACAGGGAACAUCAUUGAGGAUAUAAAGCCAUUUCUUGUCAAAAAAACAAGUUCUGUGUGGGAAUUUGAAGGCCCAACUAUCAUUUAUUGCCCUUCUAGAAAAAUGACAGAACAAGUUACUGGUGAACUUAAAAAGCUGAAGCUAGCCUGUGAAGCAUACCAUGCAGGCCUGAGCUGUAACACAAGGAAAAAUGUUCAUCAUAGAUUCAUGAGAGAUGAAAUUCAGUGUGUCAUAGCUACUAUAGCUUUUGGAAUGGGCAUUAAUAAAGCUGAUGUCCGUAAAGUUAUUCAUUAUGGUGCUCCUAAGGAAAUGGAAUCAUAUUACCAGGAAAUUGGGAGAGCGGGCCGUGAUGGACUUCAAAGUUCUUGUCACCUACUCUGGGCCCCAGGAGACUUUAACUUAGCUAGGCAUCACUUUAUUGAGAUACAUAAUGAAGAGUUUCGAUUAUACAAAUUGAAGAUGAUGGCAAAGAUGGAAAAAUAUCUUCAUUCCAGCAGAUGUAGGCGACAAAUCAUCUUGUCUCAUUUUGAGGAUAAAAAACUACGAAAGGCCUCCUUGGGCAUUAUGGGAACUGAAAAAUGCUGUGAUAAUUGCAGGUCCAGAUUGAAUGGUUACUAUUUCAGUAAUGAUUCAGAUGAUACACCACAGGACUUUGGUCCCCAAGCCAUACAGCUACUCUCUGCUGUUGACAUGUUACAGGAAAAGUCUGGAAUUGGGCUUCCAAUUUUAUUUCUCCGAGGAUCUAGUUCUCAGCGUCUUGCAGAUAAAUACCGGGGUCACAAGUUUUUUGGCAUUGGCAAGAAUCAACCGGAGAGUUGGUGGAAGGCCUUUUCCCGGCAACUUAUGGCUGAAGGAUUCUUGGUAGAAGUUCAUGGGAAAAACAAAUUUAUAAAGACUUGCUCCCUUACAACAAAGGCUAGAAACUGGCUUGCUAAAGCCAGCAUAGGAUCUCCUCAGCCACUUAUCCUGCCAGCUACUGAGGAACUGUGUCCAAGGAAAUUUCUUCGACCAAGUUCUAAGGCUGUCUCUACAGACCCUGAACAGCUUUCCUCUUACCAAACGCUGGUUGAACUAACUGCAGAGAAGAAGCAGUAUGACUUGGAGAGGUUGUAUUCUUACAAAGCACCUGAGAAAAUGUCUCCUGGAAGUAACAUUCUUAAAAAAAGCGUCAUUAUGCAGGUGCCAGGAAAAUCUUACCCUUUCUCAGAACCUGUUAUUUCCUCCCAAGAACAGGAGACUCGGACUAUGUUAUAUGCCAAGUUGGUAGAAGCUAGGCAGCAACAUGCCAAUAAAAUGGAUAUUCCUCCAGCUAUUCUGGCAACAAAUAAGAUUCUGCUGGAUAUGGCCAAGAUAAGACCAACUACUGUUGACAGUGUGAAACAGAUUGAUGGUGUUUCUGAAGGCAGAGCUACUAUGUUGGCCCCUCUUGUGGAAGUCAUCAGACAUUUCUGCCACAUAAAUAAUGCUCAGUCAGACCUCUUUUCAAAUAUAAAGCCUCAAGAAGAAGAGAAGAAAUGUCUGGAAGUGGAAAAUGCAGACUGCUCGUUCUCACAGUCUGCAGCAGUCACGUAUUCCUUAUUCCAAGAAAAGAUGUCGUCUUUGCACAGUAUAGCUGAGAACAGGAUCCUACCUCUCACAGGGGUUGGCAUGCACUUAGCCCCACCAGAGAAAGCUGGCUACCCACCGGAUUUGGAGCGAGCAGGCCUGACCCCAGAGGUUCAGAAGAUGAUCACGGAUGUUAUCCAAAACCCUCCUGUCAACUCAGACAUGUCUAAUAUUAAACUAAUUAGAAUGUUAGUUCCUGAAAACAUUGACACAUACCUUAUCCACAUGGUAAUUGAGAUCCUUGAGAGUGAGCAGGACUGCAGAAGCCAGCUUUCCUGUGAUAACAGCAAGAAGAGAUGUUUCCCCAACUCUGAAGAGAGCUAUUCAAAUUUUAAGAGAAACAAAAAAGUUGCUCCUACCAAGAUUUCAUCUGAAACCUCAAAGAGAAAAUUACCUGGGUGGUUUGCCAAAGGAAACGAGACCCUAGCUGAGACCAGCAAAAAAUCAAUGAACAAAACAAUAAAGAAAGGUCUGUUUAGUUGACAAUUACAAAAAUUAA